UGUCGCCGGGGCCGGUUCAGCUCCGGUGAAGUCUCCGCUUGCACACCGCGGGCGGCACAUUCCAGCACCUGAGUGGAGAAGCAGGGCGGCUGGGUGUGAAUGAGGGCCCUAGGGGGGGAGUCGCAGCAGCAGAGAAGCAAACUGAAGAUGGAAAUUGAGGACUACAAUGGCCGCUCUUAUAUCUCUGCUGGAGACUCAUCUCUUGAAAAAGAUUUCUCAGAAGCAUUGAUUGGCCCCACCGUGAGCACUCCAAAUAGUCGCCACACGUCUCCCAGACGGUCACUGAGCGCCAACUCCAUUAAAGUUGAAAUGUAUAGUGAUGAUGAACCUGGCCGCCUCCUUGGCCAUGAUGACCACCUGAGUGAGAAGGAGGAUGGAGCAAUGCCUGAUGACUCGCUGGCCGAGCCACUGGGCUACUGUGAUGGUUCUGGACAAGAUCCUCACUCACCUGGAGGCAUUCGUCUCCCCAAUGGAAAGCUGAAAUGUGACAUUUGCGGGAUGGUGUGCAUUGGACCCAAUGUUCUAAUGGUGCACAAAAGGAGUCACACAGCACUCAGCGGGGACUUUAUGUUUGAUGCUGUUUCAGGUGAGCGACCCUUCCACUGUAACCAGUGUGGUGCCUCCUUUACCCAGAAGGGGAACCUUUUACGGCACAUCAAACUGCACUCGGGUGAGAAGCCUUUCAAGUGCCCAUUCUGUAACUACGCUUGUCGUCGUCGGGAUGCACUGACUGGCCACCUGCGCACCCACGCUGUCUCGUCCCCCACAGUCGGCAAGCCCUACAAGUGCAACUACUGCGGUCGCAGCUACAAGCAACAGAACACACUGGAGGAGCACAAGGAGCGGUGCCACAACUACUUACAGAGCCUUAACAAUGAAGGCCAACAUCUCCCAGCACAUCCAGGUGAGGAGAUUCGAGACCUGGAGCUGGGACCAGAUGCACUGAUGCACCCCGCCUCUGACCCGCCGUCUUUUAUGGACCGGCUGGCAUGCAGCCUCACAAAGCGCAAGCGCUCCACACCUCAGAAAUUUAUGGGAGAAAAACAAAUGCGGCUGAGCCUGGCGGAUCUCCCGUAUGACAUGAACUCCAGCUUUGAGAAGGAUGUAGAGAUGGUGACCCACCACCCUCUGGAUCCUGCUUAUGGUAAUCCAUUAGCAUUCGUGGGAGGUCCUGUGCGCUUACCACCAACAAACUGCAUUUCAGAGAUUACCCCAGUCAUAAGCUCAGUGUACACCCAACUCCAGCCCAUGCAAGGAAGGCCAGAUAUACCUGGAAACAGGGAAGCAGCAGAGGGCCAUGAGGACCUACCUGAAGGCACACAAAUUCACUACAGAGGACGGAGUGAGCCUGGAACGUCCCCUGCUAAUGGCUGUCAGGACUCGACAACAGACACUGAAAGCAACCAUGAUGAAAGGGGGUCCCAGGCCACCAGCAGCCGGCAAAGCCCGGCUUAUGCCAAAGAGGACCAGAGACCCCCAGAAGGAGGUACGGUAAUCCCUUCUCGCUCUACACCUGGGACUGCCAAAGAAUCCUUGCGGGUUCUGGGGGAGAAUGGGGAGCAAGUGAAGGUAUUCAAGUGUGAUCACUGCCGGGUACUCUUCCUGGACCAUGUCAUGUUUACCAUCCAUAUGGGCUGCCAUGGAUUCAGAGACCCUUUUGAGUGCAAUAUCUGUGGCUAUCAUAGCCAAGACCGGUACGAAUUUUCAUCCCAUAUUGUGAGAGGGGAACACAAGGUUUAAUGGAAAGGACUGGGAUAAAGCAAAGGAAUUUGCACUCGCUCUCAAAAAAAGGCACAGAUGCACGGUCAUGCCCAGCGGCAGACACCAGUUUCUGGCCAAGCCUUGAUGCAGCCCUUUUCAUUUACUUUAUUUUGUGAAAGAAUGGGUGGGUCAAUUGAAGUUAUAAGCACUUUUACAUGUUUUUUUUGUUAGCUCAUCUAGCACUACUGUAUUCAGAAAAUGUUUUUUCUGGAUUAGGAAACGGCGAUGUCCUUAAACCCAAUAACCAAGAGCAAGCAGUAAGAAUCGCACACACUACAUUUUUGUUUAACAAGGCACAUUAACACGACUAUAGUGAAAUAAAUAGGAAGGCCUACUGCUUCAUUUUUGUGAGUGUAAAGAGGUCUAAGCAUAACUGGAUCUGGUCCUGUAAGUUUGCUGGAGGAAUAUACAUUUCUGGUUACCAAGUCUCA